AUGGCUCACAGAUUGUCGAGAGGAGAAAAAGGAAAAUGGAUUCAAGAUCAGCCAAAACAGGCUAAGCGACCACCAGUGAUAAUCCUGGCUUCAAAUAACUACGCUCUAAUUGAAGAACAUAAGUUGACUCUCAUUGGGAGAGUAACUAACCCGGCGAUUCAAAAGACAAAAGCACUGGUGGACUUCUUCCUUAACCAUUGGAAUGUUGCGGGUCAGAUUACUGGUAAAGCUCUGGGGCCUUACCUGUUCCAGUUCAAGUUCGAAACUAAGAGAGAUCUCCAGCUCAUCCUCUCAAAAGGCCCUUACCACUUCAAAAGAUGGAUGCUGAUCCUCCAGAGGUGGGAGCCAAUUGUCUCCGACAACUUCCCUUCUCUAAUCCCGUUCUGGAUCUCUGUUCACAGUAUACCACUCCAUUACUGGACGGAAGAUGCAUUGAAAGCAAUUGGAAAGGUACUUGGACCAGUAGAGGAUUGGGAUGUUGAUAGAGGAAGAGUUCGGGUUUCCAUAAAUGGAUUGAAACCUCUUGAGAUGAAACAUGAUAUCAGCUUACCUUCGGGCGAGAUAAAAGAAGUAGAGCUCGAAUAUGAAAACCUUGAGAAACAUUGUUUCCAUUGUCUCUCCCUGACUCAUGAAGGUGAUGCGUGUCCAACGUUUCCCAGGAAGGAAAACAGAGAUGGGAGAGAAACCCGUCUGGGAAUUUCUCAAAACCGUACUCUUGAAAGACUAGAGGCAGAUAGAAGAAGGAAAGAUGAGAAGAAAGGCUCCAGGAAUCUGAACUGGAACCCGAGCGAAAACUUUGCUUCCUCAACUCGUUGGAAAAACGAAGAACAUAAAGAUUCGUCUUGGAGAAGUGAAUCAAACCCUCCUUAUGAUUAUGGCAUCAGAAGAGACCCCCAUAGGAGGUAUGAGUCUUCUCAAACAAACAGGGACCGCCCUGGGAGACCUUCUGCUAGAGAGCGCUUAUCCUUCACAAAGGAAAGCGAGGCUGCUACUCACAGAGAAAACCACUCCAAAAGCUACACAUCUGCACUAAGAACAGAAUGA